AUGACGACAAACACCUCCCCUCACAUACCCUACAUAAAAGAAUGCCUCUCUCUAGCUGAAAAAUCCCCCCCAAGACCCACCAACUUCCGAGUCGGCGCAGUCCUACUAUCCCGCAAAGACGACGACCCCACCUUCACAGACGACCGGAUCCUCUCGACGGGGUACACAAUGGAGCUCGCGGGCAAUACACAUGCAGAGCAAUGCUGCUUCGCCAACUAUGCCGCAGUGCACAAAGUCCCCGACGACAAAGUCGGCGAAGUCCUCCCCGUCGAGCCCGGCCGCAAGCUCGUCAUGUACGUGACCAUGGAGCCGUGCGGGAAGCGGCUGUCUGGGAAUGCACCGUGUGUGCAGCGUAUCACGCAGACGAGGGAAGGCGGACGGGAGGGGGUCCAUAAGGUUUACUUUGGGGUUAAGGAGCCUGGCACGUUUGUUGGAGAGUCUGAGGGAUGUCGGAUGUUAACUCAGGCGGGCAUUGAGUGGGAGCAUGUUGUGGCGCGAACUGAUGUCCCACGACGCACAAUCCUAAUACUAGACGACAGCAGUGGUGCAACAAUCGAAAUAGCCGUACUAAAGCAGACCUCACCAAAUCCCGGCACCACUAGCCAGGAAACUCCAGCCACAGGCCCAGGAAAACCAGCAUGGUCCUCAUUCUCCCUCAUGGCGCCAACAGCCACCAGCCUCACCCAAACAACACACGUAACCUCCAAAGACCACAACAAGAUAGACAUCUCAGCUCUCCAACCAGGAACGCUAGUCCGGGUAAAAGGGACGCUGUCAACUUUCCGCUCGCAGAUGCAGUUACAUCUUGAGCGGUUCUGGCUUGUGCGUGAUACGAACGCCGAAAUGCAGUUCCUGGAUACCCGCCUGCGGUUCCUUAUUGAAGUCUUGUCUGUGCCAUGGGUAUUGACCGAUGAGGAGGUCGAGACGCUGCGCGAUGAUGCUGAGAGAUGUGAUGAGCGGACGUUGGAGCAUAAGAGGCGCGCGGAGAGGGUUGCGAGGAAAAGGGUCGAGCGUGAGGAGAGACAUGCCAGGGCUAUUGCGCUCCAGUAUGAGAAGGAAGAGAGGGAGAGGGAGAGGGAGCUCAAAAAGAUUAGAGAGGAUGGGGAGAGGGUUAUGAGGAAGUUUGGGUUUGAGAGGUCGAAGUGA